UGCGGCCAAGCAGUCUCAUAGCGUACGCCGUUAACGACAGACACAGCGAACACAGCGUGAGCCCCAUAAGCACGCAGACGGACGGGGUGUUGGCGUCGUGCGUGGUGCAGUUCAGUUGCAAUUUAACCGUUACAAAGCGCAAAUCCAAAACAGAGCAAACCCAAAAAAAAGGAAGUAAACAAAAAAUAGAAAAUCUAAAAGUAAACUAAAGAAAGUGAGCACAGUGAGUUGGCAACGCUUCGAAUUUGCCUUUUAAAGUGGAAAAAAAAAAAAAUAGCAUAAAUAAAAGUAGCGCAAGACACGUGCUAACUGUUAAACGGGUAACGGUAAACGCGCAUUUGCCGGGCAGCAGACAACGCGAAAGCCGUAAAUUUCGUGUGAGAGACUAGCGUGGGGAAUGCAUUUAGCACGUGAAUUUCAAGCUCGCAAAUUGAGCCAACAACGCGACAACAACUACAACAACAACAAGGAGAACGUCGACAACGACGACAAGAUGAAACAUGUGUAAAUGCUAACGAGCGAGUAAAUGGAAAGUGGGAAAGGAGCUUGACAAGUGUAACGAAAUUUGAUUGAUUUUGAUUGACAUGGCACUCAGCAGCUGUGGCCACCCAGAAGUGAAAUUCGAGUGAAAACCAAACACAAAUUUAAAAGCGAGCAAACAACAAAACAAAACAAGAAACCGAAAAAAAAAAAAAACAAGAAAACUCGAAACUGAGAAAAACUUCAAUUCAACAAGGGGGGAAGACCCAUGGAGAAUGAUAUAUAUAUGUAUAUAUAUAUAUUUACAGUAAUAAGUGCGAACAACAGAAACCAAUAAAAGUACAGCGCUCGCAUAAAGUAAGAUUGCAAUAAAAUAUAUAUAUGUAUAUGUGUAUAUAGUUACUCUCUCUAUAUAUAUGUGUGUGUGUGAAGCUGGGCGCCGGCUAAUCAAGCGCUGCGGCGCACAAUAAAAUCGUCGAGCUAAGCAACUUUUUUCUUGAGUUUUUCCCUUUUGCUGCGGCGGCUGUCGCUCACUUUUUUCAUUGCCUGCCAUCAUUUUCCGCAUGUGUACAUGUGUGCAUGUGCGUGUGCGUGUGUGUGUGUGUGUCAAUGUGCGUGUGUGUGCGUAAGUCUGUCAUAUAGAAAGGAUAAAAUAUUUGCGCAUUGAUUUUCGACCAACGCAACUGUGACAGCAACAAAGUGGAUCAACAACAACAAGAACAACAACAACAACAAGAACAACAACAGCAACUUUAACAACAACAACAACAAGUUUUGGACAACCAUUUUACUGGGGGUCGCAAACGGAACCCAACGCCGAGUCUGAUUAAAGCGAUAAAGCUUUUACUUGCGAAGCACACAACAUUUAGAAGCUUAACGGUAAAACCCAACGCUAACCAGCGGCAGAGCAACGAAAACAAUAGCACAAAUCAGUACACGUGUCGCAUACACAAUGCGAAGCAUGCGGCAAGGCAUCGACAACAACAACAACAACAGCAAUAGCAGCAAUAUCAGCAACAGCAACAAUAAGAACAGCAGCCACAGCCGCAGCCGCAGCCGCAGAGACAGCAGCAGCAACAACAGCAGCAAGUGAAUUGCGUUAUAAUUUCAUUAAGGACAAAAACCUUUUCAGUCAACGGCUAUAAUGCGAAGGGCUAAGCCAGCAAAGGAGAAGAGCGCUAGAGUAGAAUAAAGUUGAGUAAAAGCAAAGCGGAGCAAAGCCGCAGGACCCAAGAGGCAGCACUAACAAAAGCAUUGCCUACUUACAGGCGCUGCCAAGCAAAAAUCAAGCGACUGGCAUUUUUAUGAAAUUAAUACAAAAGACGCCAGCUAGAGAUAGAGUGAGAGUGACAGAGAAAGGGAGAGGGAGAGGAAGAGUGGGACUUGGAGUCUGCAAUGACAGCAACGUGGACGUGGACACAAUGAUGAGCACUCGCACUCUGAUUAUAAUGGCGGCCCAGCCUCACGAGCAGCAGCAGCAGCAGACGCAGCAGAAGCAGCAACGGGCUAGCGGGAAACGUUUUUUUUAUUGCCUGACACUCGAGUAGGCAACGUGAUUCUGCUGCCAAGUCGAGACGACAGCGACUGAGUGGCUAAAGCAGACGCUGUAGCUGUAGCUGUAGCUGUAGCCAGAUCAACGUUAUAUUCCAGCGACUGCGCUAAUGUUAUUUGCGUGACGCGGAAGAGGAAGAGCAAAAGGAAGAGGACGAGGAGCUCGAAAAACGUCACCUUCAUUUACUAAUUUGACAUGCAAACGUGACCAAGUGUCGCACAUAGACUCCAAAUAGAAGCGAAAGCCAAGACAAAGCCAAUUCAAUAGAGGAAUGUAUAAGAAAAUGCCACGCCUACUGCAAUUACUAUUGCCCCAGCUGCUGCUGCUGCUGCUGCUGCUGCACUGCAUCGUCGCCUGUCCGCCGGAAGUGUGCGUCUGCAAGUGGAAGGGCGGCAAGCAGACAGUCGAGUGCGGCGGACAGCAGCUGUCCGCGCUGCCGGAGGGCAUGGAUCCGGGCACACAGGUGCUCAACUUCAGCGGCAACGGGCUGCAGGUGCUGCAGAGCGAGCGCUUCCUGCGCAUGGAUCUGCUCAAUCUGCAGAAGAUCUACUUGUCGCGCAACCAACUGAUACGCAUACACGAGAAGGCCUUCCGGGGCCUGACCAACCUGGUGGAGCUGGACCUCAGCGAGAAUGCGCUGCAGCAUGUGCCCAGCGAGACCUUUCAGGACUACAGCUCACUGAUGCGGCUCUCGCUCAGCGGCAAUCCGAUACGGGAGCUGAAGACGUCGGCGUUCCGCCACCUGUCCUUCCUGACCACACUGGAGCUGUCCAACUGCCAGGUGGAGCGCAUCGAGAACGAGGCCUUCGUGGGCAUGGACAACCUCGAGUGGCUGCGCCUCGACGGCAAUCGCAUCGCCUUCAUUCAGGGCGCACACAUUCUGCCCAAAUCUCUGCAUGGGAUUAGCUUGCACAGCAAUCGCUGGAACUGCGACUGCCGGCUGCUCGACGUCUAUGGGUGGCUGGUCAGCCACAAUACGCCGCUGGCCGAGGAGCCCAAGUGCAUGGAGCCGGCACGGCUGAAGGGCCAGCCGAUCAAGGGACUGCAGCGGCAGCAGCUCGCCUGCCUGCCCGAGGUGAGUCCGCAGUCGAGCUACACGGAGGUGAGCGAGGGCCGGAACAUGUCCAUCACGUGCCUGGUGCGCGCCAUACCCGAGCCGAAGGUGCUGUGGCUCUUCAACGGCCAGGUGAUGAGCAACGACAGCCUGCUGGACAAUCUCCACAUGUACUACUACAUUGACGAGAGCGGCGGCAGCGGCGCCGAGGAGAAGCGCAGCGAGAUCUUCAUUUACAACGUGGGCGCCGAGGACAAUGGCACCUUCUCCUGCGUGGGCCAGAACAUUGCCGGGACGACGUUCAGCAACUACACGCUGCGCGUGAUCAUCAAGGAGCCGCCGGUGGUGAAUGAGGUGUCCUUUCCGCGCGACUACAUGAACUACAUUGUGGCCAGCAGCGCCGGCGGCGCCAUCAUCUUCGUCGUCCUGCUCUGCACGAUUGUGGUCAAGUGCAAGCGCAGCGCCGAGCCGGCCAAGCGCAAGAAGUGCGACCAGGUGACGAGCAUUGCCGGCGCCACGGACUCGACGAACGGCAGCAGCCAGGACACCGGCAUGAUGAAGUGCGCCUCCAUACUGAACGACGGCGACAGCCUCAAUGGCGGCGCCGGCCUCAUGCUCGCCGACAAUCUCACGCCCACCAAGGCCGGCAAUGGCAGCGCCGGCGGACCCGGCACCAUUGGCGUCGGCAGCGCAGGCGGACUCAUUCUGGGCGGUCAAAUGAAGCAGAAUCUGUUGCUGUACGCCACGCCCAACACGCACUCGCAGCAGCAGCAGCAGCAGCAGCAGCACCAACAGCAGCAGCAACAUCAGCAGCAGCAACAGCAACAGUUGCAGCUGAACGUCAACAUGAUGAAUGCCGCAGCAGCAGCAGCUGCCGCUGCCGGCUCGCCGCCGCUGCUGCUGAGCAAUGGCCUGGCUGCCGCCUACUGCUCGCCGCCAGCAUCGUUGCGCAACUACCCGGAAAAGAAUCCCGACCUGGUCAACGAUGCGGAAAGUGUCAAGCACAAGCUGAAGACGGCCGUCUCGCUCGACGGCGCCGCGGACUACGAAACGGCCAGCGAUUGCGGACAGUACGAGGGCUGCUAUCAGCUGACGGCGGCCUCGCCCCAUGCCCAUGCCCACGCCCAUGCCAUGCUGGGGGGCAUGGGCUCGCGGUUCGCUGCCGCGAUGACAACGCUGCCGCGCGGCAUGCAACUGAAGUCGGUGCUGAGCUCGGCGUCAGCUGCGGCGGCAGCCACAUCGCCGCAUCAGGUGGAUGUGCACCUGAAUCCGGUUUGCUUUUUGGGCCAGGAUGGCUAUGCCUACGACUACAGCAGUGCGCAUCUGGUGCAGCAGGUGGCCGCCGCACCGCAGCAGCACCAGCAGCAGCAGCAACAGCAACAGCAGCAACAGCAGCAGCAGAACUUUUACCGCACGCUGCCCCAUAAUCGCGCCCAUAAGCAGCAGCAGCAGCAGCAGCAAUUUGCAGCCGCACAGAAUGCCAGCCUUCGGUACAGCAUGGAGGCGGAGUUUGUGCAGCGCGCGCCCGCCGUAGCCUACGAGAAGUAUCAGCUGCCGAAUGUGCGCUUCACGGCCGAGGGCUAUCCGCAGCAACAGUUGCAGCUGCAGCAGCAGCAGCAGCAGCAGCAGUUCCCCUCGCCACCCGAGGGCUACAAGAGCAGCGAUCUGCCGCUGCCAGCCUUUCAGCAGUGGCCCAGCUGCUUGCCCGGCUAUCAUGCGCAGCCGCUGCGCUACGGCCUCGGCCAGCCAUCGCCAGUGCUAACAGCAGCAGCAGCAGCAGCAGCCGCAGGAGGAGCAGCAGCGGCAGCAGGAGCAGCAGCGACAACAGCAACAGGAGCAGCAGCAGCAGCAACGCCCGCGCCCACGCUGGAGAGCAACACCACCAUACCCGAGCUGGACGAGACUGAGACGUCGCCCAGCGGCUCGAAUGCAGCCAUGGCCGAGUCCGAGUGUGUGGCCAGCAGUAGCGCUGAGGCGACGGACGCAGCUAAGCUAAAGCAGCUGAAUGGUCCCCUGGCGGACAGUCCGGACGAGGGCUAUGUGGGUGAUGCGCAGGAGACGAGCGACAUUUGACAACGCGGCGCUGCUGCCGGCCAGGAUGCUGCCUUAGACGAUUCUGUGGCUCUGUAAACACACACACGCAUAUACACCCACACACACACACACACAGACAGAGACACAUCCACACUCAUACUCGCACAGAAAUAGAAUUAGUCUUGUGUUCGUAUACGUGUAUCCGUAUCCUUUGUUGCCCACAGCAAGCAAACAAAAGACCAGGAUAACCCCACAUCCCAAUCCAAGAAGAAGAAAAAUG